GCGUCUGCGGCCGCGGCGUGGGCCGGGGCGUGCGGCUGCGUAUGGAGCCGGCGGCAGCGGCCGUACCGGGCAACCUCUCCCGCGGCAGCGGAGGCAACGAGAGCGGCGGAGCGGCGGCGGCGGCGGCGGCGGGAGCGGCGGUGGGGUGGUCUGCGGCGGCGCUGGCCUCGCAGGCUCUGGCGCUACUGCUUAUCUUCGCCCUGUCGGCUUUGGGCAACGGGGCUGUAGUGCUGGUGAUCGCCCGGCACCGGCAGCUCCGCACGGUCACCAACGCGUUCGUGCUCUCGCUGUCGCUGUCGGAGCUGCUGGGCGCUCUGCUCUGCCUGCCCCUGGCCUUCCUCAGCCUGCUCAGCCGCCCUCCCGGCACCUGGCUCUUCGGCCAGCGCCUCUGCCUGGCCAGCGCCGCCCUCCACGCCGGGCUGGGCGUCGCCGCCACCCUCACCAUGGCCCUCCUCUCCUUCGACCGCUACUGCGCCAUCGUCCGCCAGCCCCGACACAAGAUGGGCCGCCGUCGCGCUGCCCAGCUGCUGGCGGCCGUCUGGCUGGUUGCCCUGGCCCUGGCCGGGCCCUGGUACGGGCUGGCGGGUGAGGGGCAGCGGGAGGCGCAGCCCGGAGCCCACCGCUGCGUCUACGUGCUGCCCUGGGGCUCCUCCCGGCUGGGGCCGCCCUACGGCGCAGCCCUGAUCAUCCUCUGCUACCUCCUGCCCUUCGCCCUCAUGUGCUUCUGCCACUACAACAUCUGCCGGGCGGUGCGGCUGGCCGAGAGCCGGGUGCGGCCGCUCACCACCUACGGGCACCUGCUGCGCGCCUACGGGGAGAUGCGCACGGCCACCACCGUCCUCAUCAUGAUCGUCUCCAUCAUCUGCUGCUGGGGUCCUUACUGCAUCCUGGGGCUGGCUGCUGCCGCCGGCCACCUGCCCUUCUCGCCCACCAUGGACACCAUAGCCAGCGGGAUGGCCUGGGCCAAUGGAGCCAUCAACCCCCUCAUCUACGCCGCCCGCAACCCCAACAUCUCUGUGCUGCUGCGGCGCAGCCGCGAGGGGGGCUACAGGACUAGGAACAAUGUGGCAGCCUACCUCUCAGUCCCGGGUCGCCUGCCGUUGUCCCGGAGCCAGGCUGACCGUGUCCGGGAGCGCUACAUCAACCGGCACAGUGGCCCCCCAGGCAGUGCCCCAUCCUCUUCCAGCCCAGCGAGUGGGGGUGAGGUGGCCAUGUGGGCCUGCAAGAACCCUGCUGUACUCUUCUGUCGGGAUGGGCAACCAGACACCAUCUCUGAGGCCGCCUUGCAGGCAAAGACAGACGCUGUCGAUACCAGCCUCUGAACAGGCAGGCAUCCAGGAUGGGAUUGAGGCCAUGUGGCUCCAGGGUCACCUCUGUGGAAAUGAAAGGAGCCCUGGCACUUGCAGCCCUUUGUAGCCAUUCUACCAGCAAACCAGAGAGAUGGGAUUCUCUGAGCCAUGGUGUAGUUUCUUCUCCAUUACGUGAACUCUGGUUUGGUGACUCAGUCUGCACGCAGCGAGAGCUCCAAAGGGAAAGGAGGUCUCCCUUCAGCGGGCCUGACCCACUGGUGAUAGCCACCGAGCCCAGCCAGCACAAGAACUUGUCUGCCAGAACGAUUCAGUGCCCCAAGCCUGCAGAAAGCACCACAGCAGAACUAGGAGACAGACACACAAAUACAGCCCGGACCGAUUGUGUGAGUGUUUUGUUAGGUGCCAAAAAACAAUUGAAAGCUGAGCACUGGCAGCUGGAAGACACUGAAAAGAGCCCACUGUGAAAGCCUCAUCGUGGCAGUUUUGUGGCUUUAACCCGUUGUGUGUGGAAGUGCUGAUAGUCACCAAGGACAGGCUGAAAAAGCCAUCAGUUCUGAUGAUUUUCUAAACUCUCAGGCACAGCAAGCCAGUAGUUGUUCUGAAAGUGAAGAUGGGUGAUACCAAGGGGGAAGUAAAAAGAAGACGAAACCUCAGUUGUCAGAAUUUGAGCAGCCUUUCUUUUGUGUCUUUCUUUUUUCUUUGCAGGUGCAGUCUGCUUCAAUGCUAUGAAUGUGAGAAAUGAGUUUUUCAGACAGACCAAGGAAAAGGAUGUGGGUGUAGAUUGAGUUUGUGCACAGGGUGUGCACAAGACUGAGUUUGUGCACAAGGUGUGCAUCUUCUUUCUGAGCUCAUCCGAAGUGGCUCACAUGUCUUAACGAGUUUAAUCAUGCUUAGAGGAGAGCCCUAUGAGAGAGGUAUCUGAAAGGAGAGGUAAAGCAACACCAUGUGCUCUUCAUGAGCUCUUUAAGCCUGUGAAAAUGUGUAUAUGAAGGGAAGAGAUGCUGUUGUGUUGGUAGCAGUAAUCUGAAGUGUGUAAAAAUCAGCUCUGUUUGCCAUUAGAAAAAGGAAAACAACACCAUGGAAGUGCAGUUGCAUGGCUUGAAUUUGUAUGAAUUUAUCAGUACUUUUGUUUUUGUCCAAAGGCCUAAAGCCUUAAAUUAAUCUUUUGAAUCAAAAAACUAAGGUUGGGCUUUCCUUUGUCUUUGCCAGAAUUAAAUGUGGAAGGCAGACAAUGUUUUCCCUUGUCCAGGCUUCAAGGUUGUAACGUUACUGUUCUACUGCCUUUUUAAAUCUUUGUGACCCAGGUCAACAUAGCAUCAUGAUUUUGUGAGACAAGAAAUAAAUUGUGUUUAU